AUGUCUGAUAAUGAUCAACAUCGUCAAGCUAUUUCAUUAGUUUAACUGAAACUUACUGGUCCUAAAUUAGGUUGCGGUGAAGGUGGUUGCGGCGCAUGUACCGUUCUUAUUUCACAAUCUAUCAAUCGAAGUUCUGGCGAAAUAGAACAUCGGACGGUGAAUGCCUGUUUAUCACCUCUGUGCUCUGUUGAUGGAUGUCAUAUUGUGACUGUAGAAGGAUUGGGCUCAAUGAACAAGUCCAAUAUACAUCCGAUUCAAUCGCGUCUUGUUGAAUUAUUCGGUUCACAAUGUGGUUUCUGUACACCAGGAGUAGUCAUGUCACUCUAUGGAACUGUUACAUCAAAAAAUAAUGAAUUAUCGACUAUGCAAGAUAUUGAAGAAGCUUUGGAUGGUAAUCUUUGUCGAUGUACUGGAUAUCGACCUAUUCUUGAUACUGCAAAAACAUUUGCAAGCGACAUAGACAAAUUACCUCAUGAAGAAUCAUUACCAUUCACAUCAACUACAUUCGAUAAAUGUCUUUCAUUUGCCAAGCAAAAUUCAUUGCCAUUGAGUCAAGUAGAGUUUCCCGAAAAGCUACGUCAUUAUAUUCCUCAAUCGCUUCAUAUUAUGGGUUCAUCAAUCGAUUGGUAUCGUCCUCUAUCACUCAGUGAACUACUUCAACUUCGUCACAGUUAUCGUGGUGAUGCAUCAAAACUUGUUUUUGGCAAUACUCGAGUAGAAAUAGAGAGAAAAUUCAAGCAAAUCAAACAUACAUGUCUCAUUUCUCUUACACAUAUCGAAGAAUUACAACAACUUAAGCGAACAGCAGAUGAAUUCUAUCUUGGUGCAGGUAGCACAUUUACACGAUUGAAGUUGAAGUUGAUUGAAUGGACUAAUGAAAAGAUAAACGAUGGUGGCAUUUGUCAAGCUCUACUCGAUCAACUCAGAUAUUUUGCAUCGACACAGAUACGAAAUGUUGCUUCGCUCGGUGGCAAUGUUAUCACUGCUUCAUCGAUUUCGGAUAUCAAUCCAGUAUUGCAAGCGGCCGGUGCUGAACUUGAAUUGCAUCGUGCUGAUAGUACUGAAGCACGUUACAUCUCAUUGCGCGAUUUUUUUCUCGGCAAUGGUCGUGUAUCAAUGGCUGACAAUGAAGUUCUUGUUGCCAUUCACAUUCCUCUUCCGAAUCCAUCGAGUAAAUGGUUUCUUCGAUCAUACAAACAAGCACGUCGGCGAGAUGAUUCUAAAGGAAUUGUUAGUGCUGGAUUUCAAGUUCAACUAGAGCAAUUGGAUUCACUCGAUGGUCAAUGGCAGAUUAUUUCAAUUUGUUUGUCAUUUGGUGGAAUGUCAUCAACAACAAUCAUGGCAAAAAACACUCAACAACAAUUAGUUGGACUAGCUUGGACGAGAAUAACAAUUAACAAAGCCUUCAAACGAACAUUAGUUCAAUCAUUUCUCUUCAAAUUCUAUGCCUAUGUCUGUGUUGAAUUGCGUCUAUCGACAACCGAUUCGAGCUUUCUUUCUAUUGCUCGUCCUUUUCAUCGAUCGAUAUCGCAUGGCCAACAGACCAUACCUGAACGACCUUCUUCACAAAAAACCGUAGGUACUUCACUACCACAUCAAUCAGCCUAUUUACAAACGACUGGAAAGGCUAUCUUCGUCGAUGAUAUGCCAUCAUUAAUCAAUACAUUGCAUGCUGCACUUGUACUUAGUACACAACCUAAUGCUAAAAUAAAAAAUAUCGAUAUUGGAGCUGCCUCUCAAGUACCCGGUUUCGUGUCAUUUGUUAGCUAUUCAGAUGUACCGGGUUCCAAUAAAAUAGGUGUGAUGGAACUAGAUGAAGAGGUUUUCGUAUCAUCAAUUGCUCCAUGCAUUGGUGCUAUUAUUGGUGUUGUUGUUUGUGAAUCUGAACAAGAAGCUCUUGUGGCCUCUAAACUAGUUCAAAUCGGAUACGAAUUGUUAACACCAACAAUAUUAACAAUCCAAGAUGCCAUUCACAAUGAAUCUUAUUUUGGUGAUGAAAUGUGUCUUAGACAAGGAGACGUGAAUAAGGGUUUUGCCGAUGCCAAACAUAUAUUAGAAGAAACACUACGGAUUGGUGGUCAAGAACAUUUCUAUCUAGAAUCCAAUAGUUAUAUGGUGAUACCAUCAGACGACGAUAAAGAAUUAACUUUAUACUUAGGUACACAAAAUCCGAGUACUACUCAAGACUUGAUCGCAUUAGUACUUGGCCGAGAUGUUAGUCGUAUCACGUGUCACGUCAAACGAAUCGGUGGUGCAUUUGGUGGCAAAGAAUCACGAUCAAUACCCCCGUGUGCUGCUAUCGCAGUAGCUGCCGUGAAAACUGGUCGUCCAGUUCGUCUCACUCUUGACCGUCAUACUGAUAUUUCUAUAACAGGACAUCGACAUCCAUUCAAAAUCGAAUAUAAAGUUGGUUUUACUGACGAAGGCCUAUUCUGCGCGCUUGAUAUUCGAAUGUGGAACAAUGGCGGUUGUUCCUUGGAUACAUCAAGCAUCAUCAUGCAGUGGGCAAUGCUUCAAAUGGGUAAUUGCUAUCGAUUUCCUCAUAUACGAAUUCGUGGUUAUGCUUGCAAAACACAUUUACCAUCUAAUACAGCUUUUCGUGGUUUUGGUGCUCCACAAGCAAUGUUAGCUUGUGAAAACGUUGUUGAACAUGUUGCUUCAUAUCUUAAACGUGAUCCAUUGAUGAUUCGUCAUCUUAAUCUCUUUAAAGAAGGCGAACUGACACAUUAUGGACAAGCAUUAGAACACUGGAAUGUCCCUCGAAUCUUAGAAGAACUUAGUCGCUCGAGUGAUUUCUUCCAACGACAAAUACAUGUCAAUGAAUUCAAUCGUACAAAUAUCUAUCGAAAACGUGGUCUCUGUAUGAUACCAGCAAAAUAUGGUAUUGGCUUCAUGUUACAGUUUCUCAAUCAGGCUGGAGCCCUUGUAUUGAUCUAUAAAGAUGGUUCAGUGCUACUUAGUCAUGGAGGUGUAGAGAUCGGUCAAGGAUUAAAUAUAAAGAUGAUAUCAAUAGCAGCUGAGGUUUUAGGUUGCAAUAUCAAUCGAAUACGUAUCAGUGAAACGUCAACAGACAAAGUACAUAAUACAACUACAACAUGA